CAUAUUCAUUUAUGUGAGGGCAUGCAAAUCAGGAGUGUUCUCUACAUCGACAUCCAGGUAUCUAAAUGUGUGCAGACACCUGCACAUUUCUCAGGGUUCUUAAUUUAACCUGAGUCCUGAAAAGCCUUUCCAGCUGCAAAAUGCAGCUUUGAGCUAAGUGUCCCGUGUGCAAAGGCAUGGGCUUCUGCCAGCCCCAGAAGGUGCUGCAGAAAUGGGACACCUAUGUUUCUUUUUCUUCUUUUUCUAAAGACCACAGCAUUAGAGAAUAGCUUGUCUCUUUGUAUUGUGCUGGUUUCUUUUGCACUGUAAUUGUCCUCUCUCUUCCUGCAGAUGAUUAAAUCAUAUCACUGAACUUAGUGCCUUUUUUCUUCCCCUCUAUUUUUUUCCUGUCCGCUCACACACACCCAUGGCAAGGAGCAGCCUGACACCAUUUGACAUCUCCUUGCUUCCUCAUUUCAAUAUUAACUGUUUACCAGAAGAGAAACAGGUUUGGGGUGCGGGUGCUGAGCACUUGCCUGUCUGUGUGUGAGCAACAGCUCUUUUGCCCUCUGUCCCUCACAGCCACAGGUCAUUUCUGUGAGCUGCCUGGAGCAGCCACAUGCUAUUGGCACCAGCCUGACUUCAGCAGGGACAGUCUGUGGAUGUGCUGCACUCUCUGCUUGGGCUGGGGUGCAGUGACAAGGCUCAGAGCUGUGCCUGCUGCUGCUCUCACCCCACAACGGGCUGGCUGAAGGAUUCCUACACCUCCAUAGAGCAAUAAUAAUGACCCAGCUGCAGUUUAAAGAUGCUUUUUGGUGCAAGGAGUUCACCUUCCACACUGGCUAUGAGGUGCUCGUACAGCGGCUACUGGAGGGGAAGAAGAUGUGCAAAGAUGUGGAGGAUUUGCUCAAGCAGAGAGCACAAGCAGAAGAGAGAUAUGGGAAAGAGCUGGUUCAAAUUGCCCGAAAAGCAGGAGGACAAACAGAAAUCAACACACUGAAGGAAGCAUUUGAGAUGCUCAAGCAACAAAUUGAAAGUGUUGGAAACUCUCAUAUCCAGCUGGCAGUAAUGCUGAAGGAAGAACUGAAAGGAAUAGAGGAGUUCCGAGAGAGGCAGAAGGAGCAAAGAAAAAAGUACGAGUCUGCAAUGGAGCGGAUGCACAAGAGCAAACUGUCCCAUUAUAAGAAAACAAUGGAGUCCAAGAAGAGCUACGAGCAGAAAUGCAGGGAAGCGGACGAGGCCGAGCAGUCCUUUGAACGCACCAGUGCUGCAGGCAACCCAAAGCAAACAGAAAAGAGUCAGAACAAAGCCAAGCAAUGCAGAGAUGCAGCAAAUGAAGCAGAGAAUAUUUACAAACAGAACAUCGAGCAGCUGGAUAAGGUCAGGACAGAGUGGGAACAGGAACAUAUCAAGACCUGUGAGGUCUUCCAGCUGCAGGAGUGCGACCGCAUCACGAUCCUGCGGAACUCGCUGUGGGUGCACUGCAACCAGCUGUCCCUGCAGUGUGUGAAGGAUGACGAGAUGUAUGAAGAGGUUCGGGUCAGCUUGGAGAACUGUGUUGUAGAGUCAGACAUAGACUACUUCAUUAAGACAAAAAUGACAGGAACACAACCUCCAGAUGCCAUAGGCUACGAGAGCUACUACAGCAGAGAGCCUGGCAGGCGCAGCAACAGCCCCACCCAGUCCUGUGGCAUGAUCAAGAGAUUCUCUGGACUACUGCAUGGGAGCAGCAAAAACAACACAGAAACUGCCACUCCUUCAGCCCCUCCUCUGGAGAGAACAGAAGGAGUCUAUGCAUCCAUUUUUGUGAAUGAAAAAGCUGAGAUCACGUCAUCACAGGACUACAGAGUGCUUUAUGACUACACAGCCCAGAACGUGGAUGAGCUGGACAUCAGUGAAGGGGACAUUGUGGUUGUCAUCGCAGAGAACGACGACGGCUGGUGGACAGCAGAAAGGAACGGGCAGCGAGGCUUCGUGCCAGGCUCUUACCUUGAAAAGCUCUGAUGAAAAGAAGCCCCAGUCCUCAGACUUUACAAAUAUUCUAUUACUGAAAACAAUCAGCACACAAGGUCUGCUUCAGCUGACCAAGAGCAUCCCAAUAAUAAUGUUUUCUACAACCACCAGUCAGAAAAGAACCAACUGACCAUGCUUUUCUCUCCCUUGCUCCUGGCUUCAUCCCAUUAUUCUCCCAGCCUACACUAUCUGAAAAAACUCCUCAGAGAUUAGGACUUGCAUGUUUGGCACAGUCCUACCCUCGGCACACUGUGCUGCCAGCAGUGUUUCAAAGCUUGGUGAUCCUGGGAGGAAAAUCCCGGCCCAGAUCUCAGCUGUGCAAAGGGAAAGAUCACAGAAGCAAGUGCAGUUUCUGCAGGAUGGAGGACUGUCCCCAGCCAGCCUGGGAGCCACCGUUAUGGUCAUGACAGUCACGUUCUCUGCCAGUAUCUCUUUCUCUCCAUGCACAGGCCAUGCUGGCAUUUUUGACAGAGGAUGGUUUAUCAGUCAUGGAUGAAAAUACAAAAAACAGUGAAUGCACCCAGAGAGGACCACCUGAAGGACCAGGACACAUCCCUCAUAGGAAAACUUGAGGCACUCCCCAUCACAACCAUCUCCUAACACAAUGGAAUCCAUGCUAGCCACGGGCUCUGCUUUGCUCUGGAUUCUGGGACAGAUGAUGGACCCAAGGCUUGCUUUUGCCUUGGCUGGAAGGUUUCCCUAACGCCUCUCCGGGAUUAUGAAGUUGAAAAGUCCAACAACACAAACAGCAGCUAAGCCAAGCCUCCAGCAGUGCUGCACUGCCCUGAUUCCUCUCCUCUGAGCCCCAGAGAAUUGCCAAUUCCCUCCCCCUGCAAUGUCAGCAGGGCAGCCUCCCUUCCACGCUCAGCCUCUCCUGCCCAGGCUGCUCUGGCUCUGCCUGCUGCCUGCAGCCUCUGCACCUCUGUGAUUGCUGCCACAGGGACAUCCUGGGCUCUUUCCAGCCACCUCUCAUGUGCUCAUUCUGCAACAAAACCUCUUCAGAGGUGUUGCACUGCGUAGGUUCACUGUAUUUCACAGAUUUCAGCUCUUAUCAGUCUUUCUAGUUUAAUACUUAAGAAUGUUUCCAACUGUUACUGUACUGUACAAGGGAUUGAUGGAUAGUUUCUGCCAUUCUUCCCUUUUCAGUAUUUCAAGAUAGUUUAAAAAACUUUAAACCUGGUGAUUUAAUUUGAAUCAGAGCAAAUUAUUUCUGGGGGCAGAAUGACCAUUUGCCAAGGUUUCAGGCCUUAACACUGAAUCAAGACAAUGAAAAUUAAUCUUUUUGCUACCUGAAAGGCAUGGAGGAGAGAGGGACUGUAGCUCAGACACACAAAAAAGACAAGAGAAAUCAGGACAAAAGCAAAAGGUGUAAUGGUCAAUGCAAUCUUUCCUUAAAUGAACCACAGUGAAGGUCAGAGGCACUUGCAGUAUUUUACUGGAAUUCUGCCUUCAAAGAUGGAACAGAAGUUGCAGGCCCUUUCCCUUUGGCUGCCUGCAGCCUUUUGCACAGGCCCUUGUCCUUCCCACACUGCCCAGUUCCCCCCAGCACAUCCACACCAGGCCUGGAGGGCCCUGAGUCCCUGGCACCAGCACAGGCUCGGGGGCUGGGAUGGCACUGAAGGCAGCAGAGUGAGAGCAGCAGUGCUGCCCAGGCUGGAAAGGGAAGGAGAGGCUUCUGUGACACACCUCAAGUGACACAAAAGUGCACAAUGGCUCCAACUUGGCCAGGACUGCACAAGUGGAGGCUGCCCAACAACCACAGCAUCUCUUUCUAGCUACAGCAGGAGAGGAAACCAAAAGCACAGGAGAUUUAAUGUUUUCACUUCUUGAACACUCAAUCUUCCACAAAGAAGACUGUAAUGAACCAAUAAAUAAAUAAGUAAAUAAAUUUAGACGGAUAUUUUGCAGAUUAUCUUAAUUAACCCCAAAAACACCCCAAAGCCACUGAGGUGCACCAUCUCUACUGAUGUGGAACACACAGAUUUUGCAGGACUCCUCACUUCCCUGAGGGCCCAACUUCACACAAGGCACUGCAGGGCCUAAUCUUGAUUGCCCUGAGACCCAACUGCAGAUCAUUUUUGCUUCCAUGGACCGACCACAUGUUCUACAUCACCAAGAGACAGCUGGUGGAAUGGUGGCUGCUGUUUCUCUCCCAUCAAAUCAUUCCAUAUUUUUGCUGUUAAAGUCAGGAUACCAAUUUCCUUUCUACCAAUCUCUUCUUCUGUCGAGUAAGCACUGUUGAAUGGCAAGAGGCUAUAUGUAUUUCAAAAUCUCCCCAGUGUCACAGCAUUUGGGUUCCACAUGCUAACUGCAGACUGUUCAGGAAAUGAAAAAGCAGCAGCAAUGUUUUCUCAUGAACCCUCUGCUUCACAUUGUCUAGAUAUGGCUUGGAACUACUUAUCAGCCAAAUGCUUCAGUUUUCCCUAUCUGCAAGGCAGCACUUGUCACAAAUAGAACAGAGAUAUCAAGAAAUACCCACACCCUCUGAGAACACCCACAUUUUAGGUGUCAUCCAUCUACCCACCCCCAUCAGUAGGAAAAGCAGGAAGGUCAGUUGUAGGUUACUGCCUUAAUAAUAUUGUCCUUAUUAACAUUUCCUCUCCAGUUUGGUAACAUUUGGGCAAUAAAACUGACACAAUCAAGUUAUCAUUCAAUUUUCAGCUAAGGUGGGAAGCUGAAAUGGGCCCUUUCCAGUGGCAUUCUUAUACUAAAGUCAAAACAUGUUCAUUGUUUUCUUUUACCAUUUACUACCAAUUAAGGAGAAGAACAGGAAAACCUGUAUGAAAUAACAUUUAACUGAUGACAACCACACAUAAUUAGGAAAUGUCUGCAAGUGUAGGGCGAGGUCCAUCUCUGCACAGAACAGAUUUCUGCAUAUUAAGAACCCACAAGCCGGUAAUAACAACAAAGUAGUAUCAGACUAGAAACAGAGAUCCAACAGACCCAGCUCUUGGACAGCCAACACAGCCAGGCCUCCUGCCAAGCUCAGUGAUCCGUAGAGCCAUCCAGCUUCCAGCAUUUCCAACAACCAGGCAGCUAAGAGGAAGAAAUCAACCUCUUCCCAGCUGGGCAUGUAGCAACAGCAGGAGCACAGUGACUGAUCAAGGUUUGAAGUGUUUGCCACCUCCCCCAGGAGCCCUGGCUUGAGCUCUGUAGUGCGAACAAGCCCAGCACACAUCAGCCAGAGUGGUAACAGUUCAUGGGCAUAAACAGUGGAAACUCUUACCUUGGCUUCCUUCCUGUCUCAAGAGCUGAACUCAUGGUCUAAGUCUCAUCUCCAGAGCUAAUUUUCUCCCAGUUGCAGCUCAUCCUUCACUGAUUACUGAAUGCAGUUGAAGUGGAAGCACAUGGAUCCAAGAGGAGGCACGUUUCAGCCAAGCACCAGGUGGUGGGUGUCUGACAGGAGCCUGGGUGGGCAUUGAGGAACACCCAGCUCAGCACUGGUGGGUAACUCACACACUCUGUGGUACCACAGAAGCUCCUGGCAGUAUCACUGUGCUGUGGCUUAGCUUGCAGGGGACUCUACAUCAGUGCUAUCCAAACACGGUAUGAAAAGUCACUGUUCACCUCCAGUGUGGAGUGGCAACAACUCUGCAUGGGACAGGACAAACUGUAGAGGCCUGAACAGCAGCCUAGACUGCUCAGCACCAUCUCUUUCUCCUGGCUUUCUUGUUCUCCAGCUUGCAGGGCUGGGGCAUUGGACACAAGAGCAGUCACCAGCCACACAAAUACCAGUACUUCCCAUGUCCUUACACAGGAACUACACUCAGAGCUAGUGAGCAAGACAGGAGACAAAGUUGUGAUGCUGAGUCUUACCCGCCUUCUGGAAAAUAAAUGGCUGCUAAGGGACUACAAGGGCUGAUGGGCUGGGUUUUGUAGGGGAAGAAUGCUUGUGUGGAGAAUGAGAUUCUGGAAGAGUAAUUAGUGUCCUGCCUGUGAUUAUGUUAUUAACAAAACGCCAAUGCUGCAUUCACUUGAGAGGGCAAAGAACUACUCAAACUGUUAGCCAUUAUCUAUUGUUUGUUAGCAAUCACCUAAAUUCAGCAGCCAGCUCACAUUUUGCUCAGAGCCGCAGUUAUCUCCAGAUUUGUGCACUCCUGGAUCCCGCACAGUGCAAAUCUUAUCUGUUUCUGGAAUAGCUGGAUAAUCAUAUUUCCAUCAAAUUAGCCAGUUCCACGUGGUACAGUGCUCAACUUGUCCUUCCAGCAGCUGAUGGUAGGCUGACACCUGAUCUGGGACAAAGCUGCAGGGGCACCAUUAAGAGCACAUUUGCAGCCUAUCACUGCUGGGUGACAUGUGGCUGCAGCAAUUCUGUCCCACACACUGGCCCAAAAGGCAAAUUUACUGAGUUGUUCUAUUCUGACUGAAAGCACAGACUAAAUCUCGCUUUUAGAUAGAAAACUGUAAGAGAAAUCACCGUGUACCCCCUGCAAAAUCGGCAGAAAUCAGAGUUGACAUCCCUGAAAUUUCUAAGGAGAAAGACAGUAUCAUCCAAAACCACCAGGAAAACAGAACUCAACUUGGAGCAGAGGUUCGAGUUUAUAACAGGGAUUCCACACAUCAUCCUGAGGACUGAGGGUAGAAAACUAGCUAGGGGGCAGAGGUGGAGUGGGAACAGAUACCCUAAGAGGAUGUUUGAAAGCAGGAGAAAUUUUACUUACCAGAUCUAAAAGAGCCAUUGUUAACAAGAUCUGGAAGCUCAAACCAGCAAAGGUAUCCCAGCUUUGCUGCCUUUACCAGAAUGCAACCAAACACCAAAUCAAGGCAAACAUAAAGAGAAGUAACCAGUGUGUUAAUGGGUGCAAUGCUCAAUGAGCUACAGCUGCAAAAGUGGUGCUUUGAAAUUCUUUGAUUGAAAUGCAGCCUCUGCCUCAGGGUAAAUGGACGUACAGGACAGCCCAAGACAUUCCAGCCUGAACUGGAAUGAAAUUUCCUGCGUGUCAGAUUACGCACUUAGAAGAUUGUUCAAGUAGCCCAGGCUAAACCCUUGAAUGAAUCCAUGGCUUCGUGAAGCAAAGGUAUGACUGGAGAAGUCGCACCUCACCCCUCAACUUCCCCAGUCAUCGUGGGGAGCUUGUAAUCCACUCUGACACCGAGCUGAAAAUCCUCCUGGCACACUGAGCAUUUUGGUAAUUGCUCAAUCUCAGACCCAGCCUAAACAAGUGAGCAUUGGGUGGUGGUCGGAUCAAUAUUUGCAAUGGAAAAUCUCGUACAAAAGGACAAAUUUUAUUGUGUACACAGUGCUCGUUUUGUAACAGGACUGGCUGGCUCUGAGGAAGGGGGUGCUGCAUGAGAUAACACUCACACUCAGUACAGGGAGCCUGUGGGGGAGUUCAGGGCAUUCCCUUCCACUCUGCAAGGACACAAAUGCUCAACAGCUGCAUCUAAAGAAGGAUUGUUCUGAAUUUUUAAGCCGAGAAGAGUCCAUGGAGGAACUUCUUGGGAAAGUGGUGAACUUUAACCUUGCCAGGAUAAGAAUGCUAACCUAAGUGUGAAUGGGAAAGCUUUCAAUGCACUGAUAGACGUGAGAAGUGCUUUGUCUUUAGAGAAAGGCUCUACAGCCCUUCUUGUGUCUCAGCCCUGGCUGAGGAAGGGAGACUGGAGCGACAGUGACUUUGUUCCGCUAAGUGGCAGCUAAAAGUUUCACUAGGUCACUGCUCAAUUCAGCAGCCAUGGGAGGAUGCAAAACCAAAGAGGAAGAGAAGGCAUCUGGAGAAAUGCAUCCUCCCUGCUCUGCAGGGCCCUGUACCAGCUUUUAUAACCACAGCACUUAUCAGCACAAGUUCUAAAUUUAACUUAUGUUUCCUCAGUGUCUGUAAUGUAUCCUCAGAGCACCACUUUUCAAUGCUGAAGGUAUUACCGUUCAGGGGGAAACGGAACUAUCAGGAUAAAUGCUGGAUUUAAGCUUUCAAAAUGGACAUUGCACUCAAAGGGCAAAAACACUUUACAGAGUGCAAGGCUACUGCACCAAGCACGCUUCCCAAGGAUGGGGCGUUCUCCGAGUCCUGGAAGUACAAGGAGUGCUUAGUUCUACAGCGUGUACUGGGAAUCGAGCCCUGCCUGUUGCCUGUGAGGUGCCUGGUAAAGGUUGGCACAGGACUCAAUGCCACCUUUGCCACAGGUGCUUCAUCCCUCUCCUACUCUCAGCUGAGAAUGUACGAACACAACCGCUGCACACACCUCAUGUGCUGGCAGACUUGUUCAAUAUAAUUCAAUGGCAGACUCAUUCAGGCAAGAGCAGAUCUUGCUGCUUCCUUUGUCCAGCUGGGAGAAAAACCUCAGAACUCCAUUUCAGAAAUGGUUUUCUGGAGCAGACUGCUUGUGCAUGCAAGGCAUCCUAAAUACUGUCAAACCCCACAACUGCCAGUGGUUUGCUUAAGUGUUUUAUUUGCAUGAGGGAAGUGCAUUCCAGUUCUUCAGUCACAGCCUGACCUAGCAAAGGUCUGACAGGAUAGCUAUCCUGGAAAAUGCCUAAAUUAUUCUCUGAAAUGGGGCAGGAGCCCAUUUGGUGAAAAGAGCUGGUGGCUGAAGCACCACAUAUCCAAAUGCAGGCAAAGCUGUCUAUUUUCUGGAGCGCCAACAGGAACAACUCCACGGUCCCACACUGCUGUGGCUCAUGUUACCCCAGGACACCCAGUCUGCGGGCUUCCCUCUGGCAAAGAAAGAAGUUCCAACUCAAAAGCUCUGACAUAGCUUUAGCAUUCAGGGACAAGAGAAGCAGGUGAGAGAAGAUAUGUGGUUCAGUGCAUAUCACCAGAAAGUGCUUCUUUGCUUGCUCCGGAAGGAUUAUCAAGUCUCAGGUCCCCAGACAGGAGCUCUGAUAGUCUCUCACUUGUGCAGGUUUAAAUUCACAUCCAUUACUUAAUCUACAUACUCUGCCCUACUUUUAAAUGUUGAAUAAGUUUUGUGUUCAUCUACAGUGUAAAUACCCCACACAGAACAACUUAACUCCUGUCCUGAAGUCCAGACACUGAAAGAAGCAACAUCUGUUGCCAGGCACAGAUCCAGCAGGGAUUACUGCAGCCACGGGAAGGACUAAUCAAAGGCAUAUGCCUGGACUAAAUACAUAUCGUGAGCACAAAACCUAUAUUGUGAAGGCAAUUGCCAGACUGAAGAAAUAAAGGAGCGGGUGGACAAAUCUAAUGCCUCUGCCACCCUGGGCAGCUGCCAGGACAUUAAACAUGUCCAGGGUGCAGCACGUGGCCAUGGAGCAGCUGUGCUUCCCCAGCACCUCCUCCUCCACCUAGGAACAGGCGUCCUGCAAUUUAGCAUUAUUUUAAACACCAAACCUUGUGUUAAGGUAUACAGAAGGAAACAUAACUUGCUACAGGACUUCCUCAGGACUAUCUUGUAGGUUUUUUGCAGAUAAUCUUUUCAUGAGGCAGUAGAAGGGCAAGGUUUACACCUACUGCUGUGUAGGGCACAGGUGGAUUAUGACUGCCCCAUCAAAAUCAGAUCAUACCCAGACUUUCAACAGACCGGCAGCAACUUAAUUCUGCUACCUGCCAAUGAGUUUGCUCUCUCCUGAUCAGUCCCAAAACUGAGACUGACAAAUAGCAAACCCAGUUAUCACAAGAGACAUGAGAGAUCCAUGCUGAAGCAGUCCAGGAAUAGGAGACUGAUCUGCAGGACAGUGGGAAACAGGCCAAGACUGCCAGCAUGUUACCCUCCCACAGCCAGGCACGGCCUACAGCAACCAGUUAUGUUGCCACUUUAUAGGGCACUGCAUCACAUCAACAGUUUGGCAGAGGGAGCUUUGUGCUCACAUCAGUACAGAUGUGGCACAGAUUGAAGUCUGCUCUGUGCCUUUUAGCAACAGCCCAAACUUACAUCACGGUUUAAAAGAGGCUGCCCCCAAGAGAGCUUUCCAACUGCUCAAUGCAGCUCCAGGGGAACAGAUCAGCUAUGAGAGGCCCAAAGAAGUAAAACUAAGCUUAUUAUGCGUAUCAAGGACAGCUGCCCCAGUCAGUAGGGAUGGCACUGAAGAGCUAAGACUGCAAGAGGAAGGGUAGAGGCUCAGGUGGCAUUCUCCCAGCACUGCAGUCACCCCAGGGCACGCUGCUGCUGCAGGACACAGAACACCAAAGAUCCACUGCACUUGCAGACUUGUUGUGCAUUCCAGAGGGAUUUGUCUCAGGCCCAAGAUUAAGUCAGUUACAAGAUUCACUAACUGUACUCUGAAGGCUAUCACUGAUACUAUUAUCACAAGUACUUACCUCAAAUCUCACCUGAAACUGUAGUACUGAAGAAUCUCAUGAGCUGUCCUCUUUUGGCUAUCAAGGCAGAAACUCCUUUUUUCACUAACUUUGUUAAAUUGAGCUUGUUAGACCACUUCUCCUCUGUUUAAUAAGGCAAAUAGAGAUGAUCAUGCCUUACUAGACCACAGUCUGAACGAGACCCUCCAAUUAGGGUGCUGAAAGGCAGUAAAGCACAGGACUUGCACUGCAAUGUACUUAAGUCACUUUAACAGCAGUGAGAACAACAAAACCCAAUUAAAAACACCCCUGAAGGCAAUUCUAAUUUCCUACGUUAAACCCCACUGGAUUAGGUAAGGUUUAGUGCUGCAGGAGAGCUCCAUGCCUGUGUGCUCCAUGCAGCACACACAGAUUCACUCAGUCUGAAUAAUUUCCUGUGCAGUCUGCACUGAGCCCUCUCAGACUCCUCAGCUACAAGACAGCCAAGAAGAAAUGCAUACAGGAACUUAAAAGACCAGACAGAGGAAUCAAGGAAAAAAAAAUAGCUAUAAUGAAACUAAAUCAGCCCUUGUCCCCUAAAAUGCACUGCCAGGUAGGAAUGUAUUGAUUAGGAAGGCCAAACUACAGCCACACCAACACUUCUGCCUAAUGCAAGCCAAAGUUUAUUCAUUUUGUUCAGUAAGGGAAGGCACAGACCUACAUCACUUGUUCCCAGCUUCAGUGAACCACACAAAACAUGGUGUAUUAGACCCUUGCAAGUCUGUGUUUGGUUGGCUUUCUGGGGGGAGUGUGGGGAUGUGUGAAGUUGGAUUUUGUAUUUUAGAAAACCCAAACACCACCGAAACUUCAUUCACACAUCCAAGACCUACUACAAACUGUGCAAUUCAAAAAGGUGUCUUGAAAGUUCCUAGAAAAAACUAAUUCACAGCAGUUAAAUGUUCAGUUGGGCUUUGUUCAGACUAUAAAAACGUUGUAAAAUAUUGAGUAGUUUCCACAUUCCAGACAGUCUGCUUUUUAAAGAGGAAACAGACUUCCUUCAUUUACAUGCAAGUCUGUCAAAGUCAUGUGUACUUCAAAUCCAUGUCUUCCAGCAAGAUUAACAAGCAUUGUUAUCUCCCCCAAGCUAUCCUCAUUUCUAAGGGGCAUAUGAAGGCUUACCUCAUGACUGUGGAGUUUCUUUCUGCCUUGCAGCUGCUAAGAGCUGACCACCUUUUUAAGCAUCCUUAGCCUUAUUUUGUGCAACACAGGUCUGUCUUACAACCUCUCCACACUGAUUUUUACAAGCCAGGGUCAUCUCAAUCUUAUUAGUUCCAUAUUUGCAAUCUGCAAUACAAUAUGAAGAUAAUCAAAUGCAGUGAGCAGGCUUGCUGCCACAUCUGGGAAAUCUGAUGCCAUGGUCAGGAGGUCUCUGGGUGAGCCACAUGCUGUACUAAGAAUGAAAAUCUAAGUCCCAAGAGAGUAUCAUCUGAAAACCACCUUUAGAAGUUAACAGAAUUCCACAGGUACACUUCUACAGCAGUAUAACAGCACUGAGAAUAAUCUCCCAAUAAACCACUCUGGCCUAAACAGUGUGUACACAUUAGAGUUUUCUUUUUUUUGAGUGAUGUUUCUUUAGUUACUUGAGAUUAUCUUGAGGUCAGUUUAGCUGAGCAUGUCUGCUUUCUACAUAAGCAACUGGUAAAAAUUCUGAGCAUUCCUGGCUUCUGCAAAGGAGGAAGAACCUGAAGACACUGAAAGUAGGGCAGUGAGUGAGUAUCUGAAUAAUGCAAGACACACUAAAACAUAAUUAACAUACAGCAGUUACAGUAAAGCUAUUCAUUACCCACUGUUUGGAGGCAAAAGAUUCUUCCUUAAUUGUAUGCACAAAGUGUUAACUUUCCAUCAAGUUCAGCCAAGUUUGUUGUUCUGUGUUUCGCUGCUAUUGUUUCAAAUAAAAAGAAGAAAUACAAUACAAUCAGGUUUCCAGCAAACCAUAAAUACAGAUCUAUUGAAGUGAAGCCACCCAAAACUGUUGUUUUCACACAGUUUGUGUAUCCAGCACACCCAGACUCCAUUGGACCAAAUACACUGGAAUCUUAAACAGAAAACAAGACAUGUUUAUAGGGAGGAUAUACAGAGAUUUAUUUAAUCAGGUUUAUUAUUUACAGUUGAGAUCACUUUCACAUACUACUUUGCUACUCUACAAGGCUACAUUGUUUCCAAACCAAUUGAAGGUCUA